AUGAUUCAUGUCAAAUGGGACCGGGAGACUCUGCAUUUUCCAGUGCCUCCUCUGGAGACUAAGCUCGGAAAACUGAGAACAGACCUAGCAGAAUAUACCCACCUUCCUCUCGGAUCCUUCAAGCUCAUCCACGCUGGAGCUGUGAUGAAGGAUGAUUCCGCGCCACUGACAGCUUAUAAAAUACGCGAAAACUCUACUAUUGCGUUGAUGGGCGGUCAUUCACAUCCAUCAGCGCCGACGGCUGCCCCGUCAUCCAGACCACAACCCAAAGUGAAAGAGCCUCCAACAGAACAAAGCACCAUCACUGCUAUCCGCACCGAGCUUGAUCGUGUACGGACAACACUGGUACCAGAUGUUGACGCGUUGAUCAGCGCCCUGGCUCCAUCAGUAGCCACAACCGUGUCAUCUCACACGUCUGCUCCAACACCCGUACCAGGAAGUGCACCAACGCAAUCAUUUAGCUCCACUGCACGAGCUCUUCAUCUCCCCCCUCCUCAUCCUACGCCCGCUUCCAAUUCAUCGAAACCCACUUCAUCAGAUCACACGCGUUUAUCUGAACUUUUGUUGCAGUCGUUGUUGCGUCUUGAUGCUAUGCAUCUGGCGGGAUCGGAUUGGCCUGAGGCUCGAGCGGAGCGUAAAGCUGCUGUCCGUGAGGUUCAGGGAGUGCUUGACAGGUUGGAUGGGGCUUGGUCGGCGCGGUGA